AUGGACACUUCCAAAGACACGCCUUUCCCUCCAGCGGGCGAUCUCCCCCUUCAUCGCAACGCACCCCUUGCGCCCACACAAGAACUUGCCUAUCGGAAGAAAUGUAUACAACUCAAACGACGUCUUGCUGAGAUCGAGACCAACAACGAUGCUACCCGAAAGAGAAUCAUCCAGGAAACAGAACAUGUCCAGAAAAUGCGCCUGUUGCGUGCCAUCCUUCUCAACCAUCUGCAGGACAUUAUGUCUGCCCCAGCAAAGAAGCUGACUCCCGAACAACUUGACAAGAUUGGAGUCCUGGCGAACGGCAGCGGGAACCUGGCGGAGUUGGCUGGCAGUGGCGUGGCGCCCGAGUUACAACGCAGGCGACCUGAAGGGGAAGGAUUACUGGACGACAGCUCCGAAGCGAGCGAAGAAGAUGAACCCGAGCCCGUCGAGCGACCUGAGCGGCGGAGAAGGACAAACAACACUUACCGCGAAACCAUCAUGAACACCGUUCCAGCAGAGACAGUGCCGAAUAUGUAUCAACAAACCACACUACCCAAUCUUGCUCCCGCAAGCUCUUUCUCUCCGGUCCCUCCUCACGAUCCAGCAGCGCUCACCUCCUCUUUCCGGGUCAAGUCCACUACUCCAUCAGCACCUGCAAACCCCGGCACACAGCACCAAUUUCCGGACGCGACAUAUCCGCAAUCAUCUCCCAUGCCAGUCAACCAGCACCUGGGUGUGCCUUAUCAAUCGCCGAGUCAACCACGACCGCCGAGCAUAGCUUCUGCACAUGAUGGCGGCGCGAAUGGUCUCGCGCGCUCUCCCGGCGCACCCGUACGCCCAGAACGACCAGAGGCACCUUAUGUGCAAUUUACAAUGCACAUGAGACCACAAUUGGAAGCCGAUGACUACCCUCCCGAGCAGAUCCCUGCUCGUAUCCAGGCCGAGUGGGAUGGCCUUAGCGCAGAUAACAGGAAGCUAUGGGACGACAGAUAUGAAGACCAGAUGAAAGAAUAUACGGUCGCGAUGGAUGCUUGGAAGCGUGCUACCAGAAGAGAGCCAUCAGGCAGUGGAUUUUCUACCAUCAACUCCUAG